CGCUACGUGCGUGCUGAAGUCAGACGCUGUUAGGCGCCGCCGGUUUGGCUAUUCGCCCGCCAUUUUGGCCCGCUCUGCGUGAAAGCUGCUCAGGCGGUCGCUUCGGCCUCGGGGGUGAGCAAGGAGAUUCCAGACUCGAUGAACUGAAAUGUCUGAGAAGUCAAGCCAGAGCACAAAAGCAAAGGACGGGAAAACAAAGUAUGCAACACUUAGUUUAUUCAAUACAUAUAAAGGAAAGACUCUGGAAACACAGAAAACUACAGUUACAACUCGUCAUGGAUUACAAAGUCUUGGGAAAGUUGCCAUUUCACGGAGAAUGCCCCCUCCAGCUAACCUCCCUAGUCUUAAAGCAGAAAACAAAGGCAAUGAUCCCAAUAUAAACAUUGUGCCUAAGGAUGGCACAGGUUGGGCUUCUAAACAAGAACAGCAUGAGGAAGAAAAACAAGCGGAAGUACCACAGGUGCAGCCAAAACCUGCAGUUCCUGCUCCUCCUGAAGCUCCUCCUGUUGUCAAAUCAUGGGCUAAUACCAAACAGGGUGGACAGGGUGAUGGUCCUGGAGUUCAAAUAAAUAGUUAUUUCCAGCAAGAGUUUCCUAGUUUGCAGGCAGCUGGAGAUCAAGAAAAGGAAAAUAAAGAAAAGGAUGCGCCAGAAGAACCUUACGGUCCUGGGCCAAGUUUGCGUCCACAAAAUGUUGCUAGCUGGAGAGAAGGCGGAGGCAGAAGUUUAAACUCCCCAAACUCUCCAACUGAUCAAGAAGCAAAACCUCUUAUUCAAGAAGAGGGUAAUAUGCCUGGACCAGCAGAACAAAAGGAUGUCCUUAAGGUACCAGAGAAGAAAGAGAUACGGAUAGCACCACCUCCCCCACCUAAGAUGAAUGGCCAGCAACAGCCAGGGAUCCUUCCUCAGUAUAGAGGGAUGGUACCACCACAUAUGCUUAAUCAGUACCCUAAACUAGCAUAUCCACCAAUGGCAGGUCCCAGCAGAUUUCCUGCCCCAUCUGAGAGCAGCAGAACCCCAAGAGGAAGGGGGGCUUCUUCAUGGAACUCAGAAACUGUAGAACGUCCAUCAAUCCUAACUGCUAAUGAACUCAAAGAACUUGAUAAGUUUGAUAAUUUAGAUGCUGAAGCCGAUGAGGGCUGGGCUGGAGCUCAAAGUGAAGUAGAUUAUACUGAACAGUUGAACUUCAGUGAUGAUGAUGAGCAGGGAAGUAAUCAGAAAGAACAGGAAAGCAGUAAUGAAUCUACUACAGAUUUGGACAAGAAGGAUGUAGAAGAGCCUAAAUCAUCUGCUCUUUUGCCAUCAUUUGGAUCAAAAGGAGCAUAUAACAAAAGCAGUCAGUUCGAUCAGGGACGUGGACUGUUACCAACACAAUCUUCAGUACUUGAAAGAAGUAGUAGUUCUGGACUUCAUGCAAAAUCAAAUCUUCAGCAUCCACUUCCAGAUCGCAUGGCAGGACCAGGAAGGCAAGGUUCCUUUCCUCCUAGGCCAGUACCAGAUGACGAUGAGAUUUGGAAGCAGAGGCGAAGGCAGCAAACAGAAAUAUCUGCAUCAGUAGAACGAGCCCGUAAAAGGAGAGAAGAAGAGGAGCGAAGAAUGGAGGAACAAAGAAAAGCUGCAUGUGCUGAGAAAUUAAAACGCUUAAAUGAGAAAUUUGGGUGUGUACCAAAGCCAACUCGAGAAGACCCAUUGAAAGAAAAAGAAAAGAUUGGGGAAAAAGACAUUGAUAAGGAAAAGGAAAAAACUAUUGAAAAGGAGAAAGAAAAAUUGAUAGAUGUGGAAAUAAAAGAAAAAGAAAAUCAAGAAAAGGGCAAAGAAAUAGAAAAGGAGAAAGAAAGAGAGGAGAAAGAAGAAGUGGAAGAAAAACCUAAAGUAGACGAGAAACCUAAAACUGAAAUUUCUGAGCCUCAGGAGUCUGUCAUUGCCCCAGUGAUAUUAGAAAAACAAGAAAAAGAAACCACCAGUGAGGAAGAGAGAGACUGUCAACUUGUUUCCACCAUACAAGAAACCAAUCAUAACGAAAAAGACAAUUCACAUGAAAAUGAGCCUGAUUCUGGUGCUCAGCCUCGUCCUGCUGUUUCUUCUGGCUAUUCAAAGCAGUUUCAGAAAUCGUUGCCACCACGAUUUCAGAGGCAACAGGAGCAAAUGAAGCAGCAACAAUGGCAACAGCAGCAGCAAGGAAUUUUACCACAGUCUACACCGUCACAACCUUCUAGCAGUCCUGUUCCCCCUCCACCACAUAGACCAUUGUACCAACCUAUGCAACCGCACCCCCCACAUUUGGCUUCUAUGGGCUUUGAUCCAAGGUGGCUCAUGAUGCAGUCUUAUGUGGAUCCAAGAAUGAUGUCAGGAAGACCUACUAUGGAUAUGCCACCUAUGCAUCCUGGAAUUAUACCUCCUAAACCACUUCUGAGGAGAGAUCAAAUAGAGGGGACAGGAGCUGGUUCAGAUUCUUUUGAUCAUGUUACGCGAUCAGCAAGGGAACAUGCCAUACCACUGACAGAAUCACGUAUGAUAUGGGGGUCAGAACCAUAUACUCACACAGAUCCUCAACAGACUAGUACCUCCCCCAAAAUCCUUGAAGAAACUGUUGAUAUAAGGUCUGAAGAACUUUUGGAUCAAGAUCAAAUAACAAUUCAAGCAGUAUACUCAGGAGAAGAGGGUCUGUUAGAUCCCCAUAUAAAGACAGACUUCAAAGAAUCUGAGGAUGUGAACAUGCAGCAAACUUCAAGCAGGUCUUUAGAAAAUGCACAGUCUCAUCAAUCUGAUACAUGUCCAUCAGCAGUAAGUUUUGAAGUAACUGCAGGAAAUAUUUCAGAAAGCUCCAAAGAACAACAGAUGCCUAUAGAAGAGAGUAAUUCUUCUCUGAAGAGGAGCAUUUCUCAUGGAUCAACUCAUUCUUUGAAAUCAGAAGAACCAGUGACUGAUACACAAGCAACUGUUCCCAAAAUAAACAACAGACAUGCUGAAACAAAAGAACCACUGCUGGAAAGACUAGACAGCAAGCAAAAAAAGGAGGGGUUUACAACUAGUAGGUUGUUAGAGGGAUCAAAACCUGAAAAACCCUUUAAACCUAAAUCUGAAACUAGAUGGGGUCCAAGGCCAGCAUAUGGUAGAAGAGAGGAAGGUAGUGACAGGCCGAUGAGAAGAUCUGGUCCCAUUAAAAAGCCUGUUCUUCGUGAUAUGAAAGAAGAGCGUGAACAAAGAGAGGAACGUGAACAGAAGAAAGAACGGGACGGAGAAAGAUUGACAAAUGAGAGAGUCAACAAAAUUGAGAAAAGGGAUCAGCCUCAGAUGCCAGUUUCCAGGUUAGAACCGGAGAAAGCCACUACAGAUGAUAAGAAAACAUUGCAAAACACAUCCCAAACUGCAGAGUGUACAGACAACCCCACAGAAUCUAUAAUUACACCUACUGUUCAGCAGCCUCUCAUUGUACAGCAGGCAGCAGUAGUACUUCCUGUAUCUCAUCAGCCAACUACAAUCCAAACACUUCCACCUUCAGUUCCACAGCCAAAUACUCCACAAACUACAAUUGAGGCUCCACCACUUAGUGUACAAGAGUUAUCAGUUCAACAACCUGCAAAUGUGAAGGAAGAAAAACAGCCAGAAAAAAUAAUUAACAAAGAACGAACUGUAGAAAGACAUGGUAUUGAAACUAGACCAGUAAAAAGAGAGCCUGGAGUACCUCCCAGAACAUACUGGAAAGAAACUAGGGACUGGUUUCCGGACCAAGGAUACAGAGGAAGAGGACGUGGAGAAUAUUACUCUAGAGGACGCAGCUAUAGAGGUUCUUAUGGAGGCAGGGGUCGAGGUGGAAGAGGUCACAAUAGAGAUUAUCCACAUUACCGAGAUACUAAACCUAGAUUAGAACAUGUUGCUUCUGGUCCUCUUAGGCAGAGAGAGGAGAGUGAAACCCGUAGUGAGAGCUCUGAUUUUGAAGUUGUUCCAAAACGGCGAAGACAAAGAGGCUCAGAAACUGACUCUGACAGUGAAGUACAUGAAAGUGCAAGUGAUACUCUUCUGUCAGACAAGGACAGCUUAUGCAAAGGCAAACACCCAAAGAAAGAAGAAAGGGCAGAUGUUAAAAAACCUUCAAAAGCCCCGCUGUCUUUCAAACCUGAAAAUAACAUUCGAGGGGACCAUAGAAUUGUUGAUAAAACAUAUAUAAGAGAAGAUGAAAAUAAGACCAAACCAGGUUUUCUUCCUAAAGGAGAACCUUCUAGACGUGGCAGAGGGGGGAUGUUGAGACGUGGUGGAAGGGAUCCAGUUGGUCGCCCACCUCGACCAUCUAUUCUUAGGAGACCAGGAUACAGAGAGAAUCAGUGGAAUCCAAGACAAACAGAAAUCUCCAAGGCUGAAGAUGGAGAACCACAACGAAGGCAUGAGCAUUAUGGCCCUAUACAGUUGGAAAAAAGACCACCUGCAAAGUUUGAGAGGAAAUUUGAUCCUGUAAGAGAACGACCACGAAGGCAAAGGCCUGCACGACCUCCCAGACAAGACAAGCCACCACGCUUUAGGCGGUUAAAAGAAAGAGAGGCGGCAUCAAAAAUAAUUGAAGUUACAACUAGUUCAUCAUCAAGUGUGGCAGUGAGUAAUGCUGUUAAUGAGCAGCCAAGCACUACUUUGGAGAUUUCAGGAAAUAAGACACCUGACUUGUCCAAUCAGAACUCUUCAGACCAGGCAAAUGAAGAGUGGGAAACUGCUUCAGAAAGUAGUGAUUUCAAUGAGAGACGCGAGAGGGAUGAAAAAAAAUUAGCAGACAUCACAGCACAGGGAGCUGUUAAAACAGGAGAAAACACACUAAUUCCUAAAAGAGAAAUAGCUAAGAGAAGUUUUUCCAGUCAGAGACCUGGGAUUGAUCGGCAAAAUCGCCGUGGCAAUAAUGGCCCAUCCAAAUCCGGACGAAACUUUUCAGGGCCAAGAAAUGAAAGGAGAAGUGGCCCUCCAAUAAGAUCUGGGAAAAGGGGACCAUUUGAAGAACAGAUACCUGUUGUGAUUAGCACUGAAUCAGUAAGCAGCAGUUUGCAUCAGGAGGACAAUGGUAACAGUGCUGCUGUGCCAAAAGGUUCCAAAGAUAGCAACAACAAGAAGCGGGAAGAAACCAAGUCUGGCCCAAAGAAACUCAAAGAGAAAGUGGAUGCAAUCUCUCAGUUUGAUCUUAAUAACUAUGCAAGCGUUGUCAUUAUUGAUGACCAUCCUGAAGUGACAGUAGUUGAAGAUUCCCAGUCCAACUUGAACAAUGAUGGUUUUACUGAAGUAGUGUCAAAAAAACAGCAAAAGCGUUUGCAAGAUGAAGAACGUAGAAAGAAAGAAGAACAAACAGUGCAGGUCUGGACCAAAAAGAAUUCAAAUGAAAAAGGAAGAUGUGCAAAUUCUAAGCUACCGCCCAGGUUUGCCAAAAAGCAACAACAGGCAACUGCAGCGGCUGCUGCGGCUGCUCAACAAAGUCAGGCUCAACCACAAGUCCCAUUGCAAUGUGUGUCUCAAAUUCCAAGUCCACAAACUUCAGUUCAGCCACAGACAUCAGCAACUUGUGCAGUGAACAUCUCUACAGACUAUGCAGGAACAAGCAAAACUCUGCAGAAUUCACCUGCCCAUAAUGCUGUAGGAACUGAAUUUUGGGAUAAUAAAGUACCCCCUACCACCGUCCUCAAUGACAUCUCUAAAAAAUUGGGGCCUAUUAGUCCUCCACAGCCACCUUCUGUCAGUGCAUGGAAUAAGCCUUUGACAUCAUUUGGAUCAGCUACUUCACCAGAGGGAACACCUGCUGGACAGGAAAGUGGAAUGGAUUUGGGAAUAGAAACUAUUCAGUUUGGAGCUCCUGCCUCUAGUGGGAGUGAUAGUGAAGUUGGGCCGGUUUCAGAUAAGGCCUCAGAGAAGCUUCUUGAACCAAAAGAACAAAGGCAAAAACAGCCACGUGCAGGACCUAUAAAAACACAAAAGCUUCCAGAUAUGAAUCCGGUAGAAAGCAAAGAAUACAAGCCUGGCCCAAUUGGGAAAGAGCGAUCACUAAAAAACAAAAAAGUAAAGGAGGCUCAACAGGGUGAUUCUGAGAUGCAAGAAAAGUCCAGUGCUAAUACAGUCAGAAGUUCAGAUCCUAUUACUUCUAAAGAAAACAAAUCAACUAAUGAACUUAGUACAGAAAUAGGAACAAUGAUAUCAGUGUCGGCUGCAGAAUUUGGGACAACUCAGAAAGAGUCUGUAACAGAUUAUACAACACCGUCUUCUCAUUCGAGUACAGUGGCAACAAGCAGUGCAAAGAUGGAGGAGGCUUUAGUUACAAAUGUGCCCCUGCCCCACACCCUUCCCCUCCCUAGGAGGGAGACUCUACAACAGAGCUCCAGCCUAACUCCAGUUUCUCCCGCUACCGUCGACCUCACCCUCAAGAUGGAAUCUGCUCGCAAAGCGUGGGAGAAUUCACCAAAUGUGGGAGAAAAGAGUUCACCUGUUACAUCAACAGCAUCUCCUGUUACUGGUGGUAAUAGUAGUGGCAGUGGAGGUGGGAACAGCAGCAGUAGCAGUGGACCAACCAGUGGUACAUACAGCUCUUUUUCAAGUGCAUCCAUGCCUCCUAUUCCUGUAGCUUCUGUUACACCUACAACUUCAUUAUCAGGAGCUGGAACAUACACUACUUCGUCACUGAGUACAAAAACCACUACAACCUCCGACCCACCCAACAUCUGUAAAGUGAAGCCACAGCAAUUACAAACAAGCAAUUUAGCAUCUGCUGGUCAUUUUUCCCAGUUAAGCUGUAUGCCAUCUCUGAUUGCCCAGCAACAGCAAAGUCCACAGGUCUAUGUGUCUCAGUCAACAGCAGCUCAGAUUCCUGCUUUCUAUAUGGAUACAACUCAUUUAUUCAAUACCCAACAUGCCCGUUUGGCUCCUCCUUCACUUGCCCAACAGCAAGGAUUUCAACCAGGACUUUCCCAGCCUACUUCAGUUCAGCAGAUACCAAUUCCAAUAUAUGCCCCUCUUCAAGGACAGCAUCAAGCUCAAUUGAGUUUAGGAGCAGCACCUGCUGUCUCCCAGGCCCAGGAGUUGUUUAAUUCUUCUCUGCAGCCCUAUAGAUCUCAGCAGGCAUUUAUGCAAAGUGGCUUGUCUCAACCAUCUCCAGUGGUACUUUCGAGCACAGCUUUACACAACUUCCCAGCAGUGCAACAUCAAGAACUGGCCAAAGCACAGUCAAGUCUUGCGUUUCAACAAACAUCCAACACUCAGCCUAUUCCUAUCUUGUACGAGCACCAGUUAGGUCAAGCUUCAGGAUUAGGAGGUUCCCAACUAAUUGAUACACAUCUGCUCCAGGCGAGAGCUACUCUUACCCAGGCCUCAAAUUUGUAUUCUGGACAGGUUCAACAACCAGGGCAGACAAGCUUCUAUAAUACUGCUCAGUCUCCCAGUACCCUCCAGCAGGUAAACUAUGGCAUGGUGACAGUACCUAUACCAGGAUCACAACUUUCUUUGCCCAACUUUGGAUCAGCAGGCCAGCCUUUAAUUGCUCUUCCACAAUCCCUUCAACCUCCGUUACAGCACACUCCACCACAACCUCAGGCUCAAAGCCUGAGUCGGCCAACACAAGUAGGUCAGCCUUUCAGAGGACUAAUUCCAGCUGGAACUCAGCACAGCAUUAUAACUGGGAAGAUGUCGGAAAUGGAUUUGAAGGCUUUUGGAAGUGGCAUUGAUAAGCCAGGCACACCUCCAGUUUCUGGACGAAGCACCACCCCAACUGCUAGCCCCUUCCGGGCUGUCUCUACAAGUCCAAAUAGUCAGACCAAUAAAAUGAACACCAUUAUUUACCAGAAGCAAUUUCAAUCAGCAGCUGUGAGAAUGACUCAACCAUUUCGUCCUCAAUUUGCACCACAGAUCCUCUCUCAGCCUAACCUGGUCCCUCCAUUGGUAAGAGCCCCACAUACUAACACCUUCCCAGCACCCGUUCAGAGGCCGCCAGUGGCACUGGCUAGUCAGAUGCCACCUCAGAUGACCACAGGUCUUUUGAGCCACCCUCGAUUGCCACAUGUGGCGAGGGUUCCUUGUGGAUCAUUCUCUGGAGUCAGAGGCAAUCAGGCCCAGGCUGCGAUGAAGGCUGAACAAGACGUAAAGGCCAAGCAGAGAGCAGAAGUCAUUCAGUCAACGCAGAGAUUUUUCUCUGAGCAGCAGCAGAGCAAGCCACCUGGAGGCAAAAUACAGAAAGUGGGUGACAAUGGGAAUAAAGCUCCAGAGGCAGUAACAGAUUCCACCUCUGGAAUCUGUCAAGACAAAGUAGAAGAGAAACAGAAUGCUACAACAGCACCCAAGCCUAUUAGAACUGGUCCAAUCAAACCUCAAGCCAUCAAGACAGAAGAAACAAAAUCAUAAAUGAUGUGUCUACAUACCAAUAUGAAGAGCGAAAUGACAGCUGAACAAAGGGCAAGGCAUACCUGUUCAAAGCUAUGAGUAGCAAAAACAGAGACAGAUGUGAUCAGCUAUGAGUGCUAAUGAUCUGGAAUCGUGGGACUUUUCUAUGGGACAUUUUGUAUGCCAUUGCAUGAAUGAAUGUGAUCAAUCAGAAUUGAAGCACCUGUCUGCUUUUUCAAUGGUGCAAAACUAAAUAAUGCUCCUGAGGCAUUUUAUUAGCCAAAGGUAAACAUUCUCCUUUUUGCUGCUGAUUUAUUUAGAGAAGAUGGGCAGAUCGGAGAAGACCACGCUGGAUGGAACACUGGGUUUGAUUUUGUGCUUUUCAUGUCCAAAUGAGAUGUUCUUUCAGAAUGGAGCAGGAGAAUUUAUGACCAUGAAUAAAGUCAUAAAGAGCAGCUUAAUCACCCCCACUUUCUCCCUACUUCCCAUUACACACCAUUUCAUUUUGUAAAUGUUUGAUGUCAGAUUUCCAAGAAAGGCAGGAGGUGGCUGCUACUAUAGUUUGAUUAUGGUGCUGAAUUUAACUGAAAAAAAUGUUAAUUGCUUCUCCAUGUUAAUAUAAUAUCAGAAGGGCAGAUUUGGGAGGCUCCCUUUUAUAUUGCCAGUUACAUUGAGCUAGAACUAGACAGUGCUUGAGAAGAAAGCAUUUGGCCUUAAAAUGCUUCAAUUCAUGUGAGCAUAAAGCAACAAGCAUUUGAUUUUGGGCCACAAAAACCAGAUAUUUAUAUCAGAACUGCACCACUCUUUCUUUCUGCUCAUUGUGCUGGAAAAUAGAAUUAAGUCUAAUAAUGCCUUCUUAAUUGUAUCCUUUAGUAGUAUAGCUGUAGGAAAAGUACUGUACGAUAACUUCUGUGAAUGUAAAAUAUCUCAUUCCUGCUUACAAUAUGUAGUUGUGACUGUGCUAUAGCAGAGCUGUAUAAUGAAGUUAUUCAGACUUUUCAAGACAAUUGGAGGGCCCCCACAUGGCACAUCAUACCGAACUAUUUUCCCUGACAAUUUUUCCAACACCUUUCUGGAACAAAGAACGAAUUAAAAAAAAAAGUGUAAUGUGUAUAAUUUUGUUCAGAUGAUGGCAAAAUCUGGAAAAGUCUGUUGCUGCUAUUGAUGCCUAGUGAAAUGCUGUUGGUUAUCUUUUUUAUAUAAAUAUUAUAAUUUGCAUUUUUUUUUGGAAAUUUAACUGUGAUGUCAGCCUUGGAGAAAGAUAUCCACUUGUGCUGUGAGUUGGCAUUGUACAGAAAUUAACAGCCAUAUUGGUCUAGAAAAGUUUAAACUUUUUUUUCAUUUGUACAGGGGUAACGCACUGUAUUAAAUAUGUAAGGUCUUAUUUACAUGGGUUUGAUUACAGAAACUAAUAAAAUA